UGUUGGACGGCACGUGGAAGCAGCUUCUGAGGAUUUGGUUCCAGGAGAAGGACUUCAAAAGUCAGGGAAAAGCCAAGAAUCUGGACGGACAAAUUCUACAAGCUGAGCGGAUGCCUGUCGAUACAUAAGAGAGACGGGAGGUAAAAGGAAACAGAAGCCGGAACGAGUUGAAAUUGACUUGAAGGACAGAGGAAAAGACGCGUAAAAGUCUACACGAUGGCGUCUUUGGGACUUGAAUUGACUGGUAUCUCCCUGGCAGUGGUGGGGUGGCUACUGAGCGUGCUCAGCUGCGCUCUACCAAUGUGGAGGGUCACUGCUUUCAUUGGCGCCAACAUCGUCACCGCUCAGGUGUACUGGGAGGGUCUGUGGAUGAGCUGCGUGUUCCAGAGCACGGGGCAGAUGCAGUGCAAGGUGUACGACUCGAUGCUGGCCCUCCCGCAGGACCUGCAGGCCGCCAGGGCUCUCACCAUCAUCACCAUCAUCAUAGGGGUGGUGGGCGUCCUCAUUUCCAUGGUGGGAGCAAAGUGCACCAACUGCAUUGAAGAGGAGGGUCCGAAAGCCAAGGUGAUGAUUGGUUCAGGGGUGGCGUUCAUUGCCGCGUCACUGGCGCAGCUCGUCCCCGUCUCCUGGUCGGCAAACACCAUCAUCAUGGAGUUCUACAACCCCAUCAUUCCCUCUGCGCAGAAGAUGGAGAUUGGUGCAUCGUUGUACGUGGGAUGGGGCGCCUCGGCGUUGCUUCUGAUUGGAGGGUGCAUUCUGUGCUGCAGCUGCCCCCCACGGGAAGAUAAAUCAAUGAGGUACAACAUGCCUCCUGUAAGUCGGAUGACCUACUCCGCCGCUCCGAGGUCGACGGCUCAAAGCUCCUACACCAGGAAAGACUAUGUGUGAACAAAGAAA